AGAGGGGACGCAGAGCGGCCGGAAUUGUCUCUGGAGGGAAGAUGGCGGCAGCAGCGGCCGUUCCGCUUCCCGUCCCCCGUGCGGAGUUGAAGCUGGUCCGGCUUUUAAGCCGCUGCGAGGCGCUGGCGGCCGACCGGCGGAGCGGAAGGCGCCGGGCGUACGUAGCUGCUCUGGAGGAGAUGCUCCUUGCACUGAAGAAGCAUCCCAGCAAGCCCAUGCCUGAGGUCCUGAACGAAUAUUCCCGCAAGGUGGACUUCUUGAAGGGGUUACUGGAAGCAGAGAAGCUGUCCACGUCCUCGGAGAAGGCCCUGGCCAACCAGUUCUUGGCUCCCGGGAGAAACCCUACCACGGCUAAGGAGCGCAUCCCGGCCACCAAGACGGUGCACCUGAAGACCAAGGCCCGCUACACGGGCGAGAUGAGGAGCGAGCUGCUUGGUACAGGCUCCUCCUGUGCUCCCGGUUCAGAAGAGACAAGCUUGAGAAAGCGCAUCGGCUCCCUCCCUGAUGAGAAGCAGUCGGCCGCAGAAUUGGAUGCCGUCCUGCAGCACCACCACAGCAUCCAGGAGAAGCUAGCGGACGAAAUGCUGCACCUGGCUCGCAACCUAAAGAACAACACUCUGGUGGCACAGAACGUGAUUAAGCAGGACAACCAGACUCUGUCCCAGUCCCUCCGCUUGGCCGACCAGAACUUUGAGAAGCUGAAGGACGAGUCGGAUCGUCUCGAGCAGCAUGCCAAGAAGUCUGUCAACUGGCUCUUGUGGCUGAUGUUGAUUGUGGUCUGUUUCAUCUUCAUCAGCAUGAUCCUUUUCAUCCGGAUCUUUCCCAAGCUGAGGUGAUUUGCCCAGGAGGAGCAGCACCGCCACCACCCGACACUUCUUGCUCCCCUGGCCCAAGCAUUCUAACCCGGCAACAAAAGUUCCCUUCCAGCUGUUCUGCAGACUGAUAUUCUGGCCCUCGGUGGUGCUCCGGCUCCGGGCUUGAACAAAGGGCCCUGCAGUGCCUUGCUUGAAUCCUCAAAACAGGGAAAGGGGCACCCCGUUUUGCCAUCUGGGACAAACAGGAGGUGGCGGUGCUCCCUUCCUGUUUGGGCCAGCUUCUCCCAGACCAGCCAUACUGGGAAGUUGCACCUGGCCUGCUGGUGAGCUUCUCUUCCUCCUGUGAGGAGCAGAAGACUAAGCGAAGAGCCUUUCCUCUUGAUCCUGGCCUGCCUAUCUAAAAUCAGUUUCUAUUGCUUUAUUUAUUUGCUUUUAUUUUGUUAUGCAUAUCCUCGCAAAAAACCUUUUGUUGCCCAGUCCA